AUGAAGAUCCUCACCAAGGAAGAAGAAGAUGCUCACUACCGCACCGUCCUCAAAGGCGGCACCAUCGGCGGCGUGCUCGGCCUCAUUGGCGGCGUGGCCGGCGUGCUGGCCUUCAGCAAGCGCAGCGCGACGAUCCGGAACCUGACGCUGCCGAUGAAAUCCUUCCUGGUGACCUCGUCCGGCACGUUCGUGGGCAUCAUCGCGGCGGACCACGCCUCGCGCGACUUCGAGGCCUCCCGCAACGCGAGCCAGGUGUGGUACAAGGACCGCAACGAGCGGCUGCGCCAGGAGGAGCUGGCCUCGCUGUCCACCUUUGAUCGCAUCACGACCUGGGCCAAGCGCGAGAAGUACAAGAUCGUCGGCGCCACCUGGGUGGCCUCCAUGGUCGGCAGCUUCGCCAUGGUCAACCGGAAUAAGUUCUUGUCGUCCAGCCAGAAGAUCGUGCAGGCCCGUGUGUACGCCCAGGGUCUGACGUUGGCGGUGUUGGUGGCGAGUGCGGCGUUUGAGCUGCAGGAUCAGAGGCGCGGGAAGGGGUUGCUGGAUAAGGCGAAGGCGGAGAAGGAGGCCGCCAAGCAGGAGAAGAGUGAGGCCCCGGCGGGUGGUGAUCGCGAGGAGACUGGGGAUCUGUGGAAGGAUAUGGUGGCUGCGGAGGAGGAGCGGUUGAAGCGCAAGAAGCAGAGUCUCUAUGAGCAUGAUUAUUUGGAGGGGCAUGCUAAGGCGGAGGAGAAGAAGGGUCAGUCCGAAAAGAAGGACGAGGGCGAGAAGGAGUAGAUGUCUUUUAUGGUGGUGUUGGUGCUUGAUAGACUUACUUGGAGUGGUCUGCGGGUUUGGACCACUUUCCUCUUUUUUUUUUUUUCUUGCUUUCUUGCCUUCUUGGCCGAAAAGAUUUGGGUGCCGGGUUUCACGCUUUCUUAAUGCAUGCUCAUGAGUGUUUAUAUCUUCAUCAAUGUAUAACAUCUGUCUGGACUUGUGGAUGUAGGCCGUUGUAUAGAUGGAUGGGAUUGAGGGGUUUUGUUAAGGGUUGAGGACUUCUCUACGUCUAAGUAUAAUUGAGGAGCUACCAAACGGAUCUUGAGGAUGACUCUAUACCUCAACUCUCACAUUAGGCUUUACAGACAUGCAAAUGAUGUACUCAGAAAAUCAUUAUAAACAAUACAAGAGCCCAGGU